AUGGCAAAAGAUCCAAGGUGGGAAAAAGUUGCUGGGCAAAUAAAAAAGGAGCAUGCGUUUUGUAUGAAAGCGCAGAUACCAAUAGAUUAUGUGCUUAAGCUCUCGUGGCUUGAUGUCGAGAGACCAAAUAUUUUGGAAAACCAGGACUUUAAAGAUUGGGUCUCAUACUCGGUUCUUCUCAAAUAUAGCAACUCUGAAAACACGGAUGACCUAACCGCGCUAAUAAUUCUGAAGGAAUCUGCGCAGACAGACACAACAACAUUGAUUGAACGUUUAAAGCAAGCAACUAGUGUCAAAACAAGGUCGCCGUGGAAUCACCAAGUCUGCGAGUUAAUGAUAUAUUAUAGAGCCAAAGAAGACCAACUUCUAAUAAGCGCAUGGGUAGAUUAUGUCUCCACGCUCGAUGUCCAGCCUCUUGGUUGGAAUAUUGCUACCAUUUUGAGUACCAUUGUUCCAAUCAAUCAUUUCAUCAACACUGUCGUUCUCAAGGCUAAGGCUGUGAACAGAGUACAAAUUCUCCAUCCGCUGAUCAGGGCUAUGACAGAAACAAAACAGAAGUAUAAAAUGUUGUUCAAGGCAUCCUGA